GUUUGUAUGUACUGGUAGGAUUGUUUUUUUUUUACGGGAAAGCGAAGGCGUCAGUUCAUUGCCAUUACUUUCAACAUUUUAAUGCCGAAAUGGGGGCUUGCCUGGCUUUGUGCUCUAUAGCCAGCUGUGCCUCCUGUCUGUGUGGCUCAGCACCAUGCCUUCUGUGUGGCUGCUGUCCCUCCUCCAAUAACUCCACCGUCACACGGCUGGUUUUCUCCUUCUUUUUGCUGCUGGGGACCAUGGUGUCUGUCAUCAUGAUCCUACCUGGAAUGGAAACGCAGCUCCGCAAAAUCCCAGGUUUUUGCCAAGGAGGAACUGUUAUUCCUGGUAUUGAAAACAAGGCUAACUGUGAUGCCCUUGUGGGCUACAAGUCUGUGUACCGUAUGUGCUUUGCCAUGUUCUGCUUCUUCUUUCUGUUCUCCGCCAUCAUGAUUCGUGUCCGCAGCAGCAAAGACCCACGUGCAGCUAUUCAAAAUGGGUUCUGGUUCUUUAAAUUUCUGAUCCUGGUUGGCAUAACAGUUGGAGCUUUUUUCAUCCCUGACGGAACAUUUCAUACUGUAUGGUUUUACUUUGGAGUGGUGGGAUCCUUCAUCUUCAUUAUCAUCCAACUUAUUCUCCUCAUCGACUUUGCCCAUUCCUGGAACAAGGUGUGGGUAGAAAAUGCUGAAAAUAGUGACAACAAAUGCUGGUUUGCAGGUCUGCUGUCUUUCACCUUCCUCCACUACGCCCUGGCUAUCACUGCUGUGGUGCUUUUCUACAUUUACUACACACAACCUGAUGACUGCACAGAGCACAAGGUCUUCAUCAGCCUCAACCUCAUCUUCUGCGUCAUCAUCUCCUUAGUCUCCAUUCUACCCAAGAUACAGGAAGCCCAGCCACACUCCGGUUUGCUUCAAGCUUCACUCAUCUCCCUCUACACCAUGUAUGUCACUUGGUCUGCAAUGACCAACAAUCCAAAUCGGAAGUGCAACCCCAGCCUGUUGAGUCUAGUGUCGAACGUCAGCACCACUGAACCAUCUGGGGACAGCACUUCAGGACAGGUGCAGUGGUGGGAUGCUCAGGGUAUUGUUGGUUUGGUCAUCUUCCUCUUUUGCACUCUCUAUGCCAGUAUCCGUUCAUCCAGUAACACCCAGGUGAACAAGCUCAUGCAGACAGAGGAGGGCGGAGGGUCAGGGGGAGAGGCUGUGGUGGGCGAGGAUGGCAUACGCAGAGCCGUGGACAAUGAGGAGGAGGGAGUCACAUACAGCUACUCCUUUUUCCACUUCCACCUUUGCCUGGCCUCUCUGUACAUCAUGAUGACUCUCACCAACUGGUACCAACCAGACACCACCACCCAAGCCAUGCAGAGCAGUAUGCCAGCUGUAUGGGUGAAGAUGAGCUCCAGCUGGCUGGGCCUUGGGCUGUACCUCUGGACCCUCAUCGCCCCUCUCAUCUUCCCUGACAGGGAUUUCAGCUGAGCACACCUUGUCUUUUGGCUGUGUUUUUGUUUGUUUGGUUGGGUUUUUUUUUUUGUUUGUUUGCUUUCAUGCCUAGCUUAUCAGGCAUUGUGAAGGAUGCUACAAAGAAAAUAGGAAGGAUAUUAUAAAGGAAAUACUUUUAAUUUCUUUCUCUUAUCAUGUUUCUAUUGAUUUACUCCUCAGUGUGUUAAUUGUGUGAAAUAAUCACUACAGAUGUUUGAAGAUGGAAGUGGAUUUUUUUUUUUAGUUAGCUUGUUUGAUGAUGGUUUUAGCCACAAGAAGUUGUUUUCUUUGCCUGUGACUCAUCUUGAUAGGCUGUUCCCUACCGUCUGUCUGAUGUGGUAUGAUUGUGAUAUGAUGAGCUCCGUUAUAUUUUUGCUGAAUUUUAGUUACUGGACUAUCACAAAGCAACAAGGCACUUUUUCAAUACCUCAGACAUUUCAGUUGCAGAGAACCUUUUGAAGGCCCGUGAGAUCAGACGUCUCUGAUUGGCCAGGUCUGGAGUCCCCCUGAUUAGCUGGCCUCUUAUACUGCUGGGGUAACCAGGGUAGCCCUGUUUAGGAGCCCCAAAGUGAGAUGAGUGUGAGAGCUAGAUAAGAGUAAUAUGACACGCCCACAGAUCAUAACAGGGCUUCCCCUUUGCUGCUAGGCUGUAUGCAAAUCUAUGUCACUGCACCUUGCAUCAGAGAGUCCUAAUUGACAACCAGUCUAAUCUCAGCUCUUCCGCACCUUCUUCAGCCUAAGCUAAUUUAUCUCCGGUGCUAUGCCUUUCCAUGUCUGACUGUGUUUGGCCUUGUACAGCCACGGGCAACAAUCUGUACCUGUAUAGCAGUCUGUUUGCUGCAGGGAGACAUGUAUUGAUCCAUAGCAGUCAGCAUCAUGCAGCGUGCAGUGGUACGGUUCAGGAGGUGAUAGCAUGAACUCCACACUACCUGUGCUCACACACAAAUGCCAUUAUUUCCAGAAGGUUGCAGAGUGUGUUAGUCCGUUGAGAUAAAAGGGAUUUUUAAAUGUUGCAAUGUAUAAAACAAUAACAAAGCAUUUCAGAAGUGAUAAAUUGCUGUUAAAUGGUAUUGACUUUCAUAAUAUGUUGAUGGUUGUCAUGGUGGUACAGUACUUAUAUGCAUUAUAUAGUAGUUACCUCAAUUUGAAUGGAAUGAGUUCAAAUAAGAUCAGUAUAUUUUGUACUUGUGAAAAAUGAUUUUGGUACAAUCCUGAAAAAAAUGUUAUCCUUUAUCCGUGUUAUGUUGUUUUCCAACAUUUCAACACCCACACACAUGAAUCAGACUUCCUGUUUAUCUGGCUGCAUGUGAAUAUUGUGAAUGGAGUUUUUCAAAGUGUUGUGGUAAAUUGAUUUCUUUUUUAAAUAUUAAUUUUGUUUAAUAUGAAUUUUGUUUAUCAAACACGUCAAAUCUAUUUGACAAUUUGCCUUGAUCACCCUACUAAGAAGAUUAUUUAGGCAGAUUUGCCAAUGUUAGAUCAUAACAUGUAAUUUCAAUUUCAAAUUAAGUGCCUUUUUGUAGUCCUGUGUUUCAAAGAGUUUAUCACUAAUGCUGACAUGUGCUUAUUAUACCUUGCCUUACACAUUGUAGUGAGUCAGUCAUUGCAUGCCAUAAGGCAUAGGCCUGUGGCAUAAAUUAAUAUUGUAAUUAAUGUAUAAACAUUGUUUUUUAAUAAAGAUUUCAAUCUUU